UGAUGGAGGAAAUGAGAAAAGCAGGAUUGAGGUGAAGUGGAUUUGGAAACAUACUGGAAUGUGGAGGAGGUGAACAAGGCAGGAUAUAUCUGAUUAGUUUUUUAACAGUAGCUGAGUUGGACAGAAUCUGAAUAACUAGCUGGCAACUGUAGGUAAAAUGUGACACCUGUAGUUGGCGGUAGUGCAACGCAAUGUAUGCAAACCGACGUUAAAAUGUACAGAAGAAGAAGAAGACACCAGUAAACACCAACAAAGAAGAACACGUGUAACUAAGGAAACUAGCUAGCAAACCUGUGCUAAUUGUUCACGUCCAAAGUUCCUUUAUCUCUGCUGGUGCUAAUACACCCGUAGGGAAAACAGAUUAAAAAAAACAAAUGACGCUAAUGUUAAUAAUUUAAUUGUUCUUAUCAAAAGGCGUUAAAUCUGUGUUGGCAUCUUUGUUUCAAGACGGUAACUUUGACACGGUGAGAUGCUGUAAAUGAAAACAGGCUGCAGAUCCAGCCAUGCCGCUCCAGUUUGUGUAUAGCACCCAGGACUUUGUCAGAGAUGUGCAACGGAGCAGUGGAAACAGACUUGGGAUUGCAUCACUGCCAGCAAAGUUUGACACGAUCGUCCGUGCCGGCUGGACAGACAGAAUGAACAGGGGACUCUUCCGCUACCAUCUGGGUGAUUUACAAACGCGUAUACUGUCGGGCCCGCAUGGCUAUGUGGCCCAGCUGAAUAUUCAAAGAGGAAUAGAGAGAAGAAAGCCUCAGGAGAUACUUAGCAUUCAGCAGGAGUUUAAUGCCAAGCAGUUUAAUUUUAACAAAAUCAAUCCAGAAGAAAUCAUUUUUGAGAUGAUAAAGGACGGAGAGGGAGAAAAAGAAGAGGGACAGUUGCAUGAACCCUGCGGGAUGGUUGUGCUGGUCAAUGUCAGCCCUUUGGAGUUCGGACAUUGUCUCUUUGUUCCAGAUCCUUCACGCUGUUUCCCACAGAUCCUGACAAGCUUCACCAUUCAGGUUGGUAUUGAAUCUGUGCUCCUGAGCACCGAUCCUGGCUUCCGUGUGGGGUUCAACAGUCUUGGAGCAUUUGCGUCCGUCAAUCAUUUACACCUACACGGGUAUUACCUGGAUCAUGAGCUCAAGAUAGAAUCUAUGCCAGUGAAGCCUCUGGUCCCUGAAAAAGGGUUUUAUCGCUUAUUGGACUUUCCUGCAGGCUUUUUGUUUUACACAGAAUCAGAGCGGGUGGGGAAAGUUGCCAGAGCCAUCUGUCAAGUCACAGAUUUCCUUGUGGACGGUAAUAUUGCUCACAACCUGUUCUUGACUAGAGGAUGUCCACCCUGUGAUCGCACACAGAACCAAAAGGAUCACUGUUCAAGAAAAGGUGUUCGCAUUGCAGUAUGGCCCAGAACAUCAUGCUUUGGUGCCAAGGAGGAAUCUGCCUUCAAUGUUGCACUCUGUGAGCUGGCUGGACAUUUACCGUUUAAGAACAAGGAGGACUAUGAGCUCACAACUGAGAAAGAUGUAAUAGAUGUCAUCCAGAGGUAUCUUCUGCCUGAUGCAGAGUUUCAAACAUUGGAAGAGCAGCUUACUCGUCAUUUGAUGGAUGUAUAAUGUAUGGAUAUUAAAGCCUUUUUGAAUCCUGUACUGGAGUUCAAAUGAACAACGUCAGAAGCUUCACAAGUUCUGAAAAGUGUUUUUUUUUACGACAUCAAUUAGAAUCAUGAAUAUCUUGACACUGGAUUAUACUUUGGGAGCUGAGAUGAAUCUCUUUUCCUGAAUCUGUUGGAUGCGCACAAUACCUUCUUAAAUAUUUUAGAAUACAUAUUUAAUGGAUAUGCUUUAUUAAAAGAGGUUUCAAAUAAAAUGCCACAGGCAUUUUAUCUAAA